AUGUCCGAGUCGCGUUCUGGGCCAGUGUCACUGACACGAUACCGGCCUAUUUUGUACCUCUUCACCGGCGUUGCAGCAGCUUAUGCCCUUCUUUACAUCCAUAACAAUGUAGUGUCGUCGUCCACCUCCCAACCCUCCCUCCGCCGCCGAGGCGCCGUCCGCCGCACAAGACGAAACGAAGACGACGAGUCAGCAAUCACAGAAACCCCCUCUUAUCGGGCAAUCACCCACCUCGAGCAGCUUGAACGCCAAAAUGGAGUUUACGGAACAUUUCGUAUAGAGACCGAAGAUGGUCGCCGUGUGGAAAGUGGCCUAUUACCGUCAUUGCUCGCAACCCGCGAUCAACUGAUGGAGGAAGUCGGCGUACCGCCAGCUCACGCCGAGCGCAUGCGCGAGAUGAUGGAGGACACAUUCUUGGAAUCCUUCCUUGCGCUUGAUUUUCCCGCGUCACACACUCUCCCCGAAGAGAGUGUGGAGCGAACAUACCUCACAGAACAGCUGCAGCGACGAGGAAUUUCCAGUGCGGGAAUCGAGCGGGCGCUCAUCCGAUUCAAUGCUGAUGAUAAUUACGGCGAUGAAUUGCGCCGGCGAAGGCAGAAUGGCGAACGCGUCACCCUUUCAACAUCGACUUUCCCCGACGUGGCUCCUCCGGUCCCCGAAACUGCAGAACCCGCCCCAGAGGACCAGAGCGUUUUCUCUUGGCGUGAGGGAAACAAUGAUGGAUCGCCUACUCGAGAAGGCCAAAAUUUGCUUAACUUGCUUUACCACAUUGCGGAGGACCAAUCGCGCAGGGAUGGGUACAUCCACCGAGGAGUGACUUGCAAUAGCUGCGGGGCCAUGCCUAUUCAGGGCAUCCGCUAUCGGUGUGCAAACUGCAUUGACUACGAUCUAUGUGAGACCUGUGAGGCAAUGCAAGUGCACAUCAAAACGCAUCUGUUUUACAAGGUCAGGAUCCCAGCUCCAUUUUUAGGAAAUCCGCGUCAAUCCCAGCCUGUAUGGUAUCCCGGAAAACCGGCAAUGCUCCCACGAAACCUUCCACGACCAUUGGCGAAGCGCUUAAGUCGAGAGACCAACUUUGAAAACACAGAGCUCGAUGCCCUCUGGGAUCAGUUCCGUUGUCUUGCAAGUCAUGAAUGGGCAGAUGAUCCUAACAAGCUUUACAUGGCUAUUGAUCGCAAAACCUUUGAUCGGUGCUUUGUGCCCAACACAUCUAUUCGUCCCCCUCCUCCAAGUCUGAUCUACGAUCGUAUGUUUGCAUUCUACGACACCAAUGGAGAUAAUCUUAUUGGAUUUGAAGAGUUUUUGAAGGGAUUGGCUAGUCUCAACAAUAAGAGCAACGAUGAACGACUGCGACGUGUUUUCCGUGGGUAUGAUAUUGACGGUGAUGGUUACGUCGAGCGAAAGGACUUUCUACGCGUGUUCAGAGCCUACUAUACACUCAGCAGAGAACUUACUCGUGAUAUGGUCGCCGGAUUGGAAGACGACUUUCUUGAAGGUGGAGCUCGUGACGUUGUCCUCGGUAGCCAGCCCAUCAGCUCCGCAUUUCCUGGCAAUAUUCCCACUAGUGAGAUUUCGCGAACUGGUGAAGGCAAGCGCGUGAAUGUUGAUGGCGACAUGGAAAUUGUUGAUAAUGGAGGAAUCCUGCGACGAGACGGUCCUGACACUGGAGAUCGACAUUUGGUGAUUGGAGACGCAGCUGCUCGAGAACAAUUCGGUCGAACAAGGCCAAUCUUCCCAUCUACUCUACAACUUCCAGGUACUGUGUCCAUCCGUCGUCGAUCCGUUGUGGAACCUGCACAAUUGGAUGACGGCGACAACGAUGAAGAAGACGACGGUAGUGACUCGGAUGAAUCAGGCUCGUCCAUUGCGAUGGGAGGUGGCUGGCCACCCCCGGAGCACAUCCACGAGGAGGAUAUUAUUGAAGCCCUCGGAACGUAUGUACCCCCCGAACAAAUCAACCAUGCGACCGAUAGGGCCCGAAUCGUGACAGCCGUGUACAACAGAAUGCGUGAAGAAGAUCAAAGAAGAAUUAACGAAACCCGCCGAAAUGGAAUUGACGAGCGCUGGCGACGUCGUGCGUUCUAUACCGACGAGGAAGACGGCGGCACUAUCCCGGAAGGCUACCAAAGAGAUCCGACUUUUGACGACUAUGAAGACUCGAUUGCUGAAUCGCCAAUUGACUCACACCCGCCGUCACCCCGCUCACGUUCAUCUUCUAAGGUCCGAUUCCAAGAUGAUAUCGCCGAUGAUUAUGACGUUCGAUCCAACCCGUCGACCUCUUCACGAAGCAUCCCUGUUGGUGAACGAUGGGGUGGCUUUGAAAUUCCAGAAGUUGAAAGAGACGCCGGUAAGGAGAUCCUGUAUCAAGUCACGCAGCAGGGUUUCAAUGAGCUCCUCGAUCUUCUGUUCAAACAAAAGGAAGAUCUGCUCAUGGAGGUAUAUCGAACACGCGCAGAUCGUAAGAUCUGGGCCCAUGAGAUCCAGCUUGUGCAAAUGUCUCCCCCACCCCCGCCACCUCUCAAGGAACCUGAAUGGUCCAGGGAGCAAGACCUUCAAGAUAUGAGAACUGAAUUGUCCGAAAGAUCCCGAUCUCUCGAUGAGUUACUUCAUCGCUCCGGUUACACUGUUCAGACCUCUCUGCCAGGGCCAGUUUUAGCACCUCCGUUUACUGGUGCGGUGGCAUCAUCUGAUGAUGACGUCCGACCUACACAUCUUUCCGACCCGGAAAGUGAAUAUGGGGUCGGUCAGGAUCUUUCCUUUGACGAUGAUUCCGAUACAGCUUCGCUCGCCAGCUCAACAUAUCCGGACGGCCAGGUCCAUAUUUCCGACGCCGCCUCCUACAAUGGAUCUUCAGACGAUGAACCCGAGUCAGUCAUUGAAGAAUAUAUGGACUACGAUCCAACCCUUCCACAAUUCCGUCCAGAUGCAGAGACACUCAGACCUCGACUCUCUUUCUGUGAUGAGCCACAAGUGAUUACCGAUGGCCCUGGCACUGAAACGUCCUCACACAGUUCCCACUCCGAUCUGCCCGAACGACUUCGUCUUGAGCCUCAUGGAACCACUUCUCUCCCCGCUCCUCCAUCACCUCACUCUUCCCCCCAGGCUGAAGAAACAGCUCCCAAGCUUCCUCUUCCUCCCUCUCCCAUGCAACCGCUCCCCCCUCCAAAACACUCUCCGCCCCGGCCCAUCAGCACACCUCGCCGACCUUCGUCGCGAACUCUCGCCCGUUGGGCAUACUUGAAUCAAGUGGAGCGUGAAGCGAAGGAACGCGGUGGCAAUGGUGGCAGACUCAAUUAUGAUGAGUUUGCCCGCCGAAUGGCAGCCGAUAAGGGGCGCCGGCUGGCAUUUGUGGCUAGUUGGAUUGAAAUGGCUAGCUUCUGA